GACACACUCCUCUCAGUUUCACUUGGUUCCUCUUCCUCCACGCUCCGCUCAUCUUCCUUUCUUCCUUGCUUCUACAGCUCUCAAUCUUUUCACAGAGAGAGAGAGAGAGAUGGACGCACUAACCAGAUCCGGCUAUUCAGCUUCUCUUGCUUACAAGCCACCAUGUUGCCGAAGACCAGCAGUUCCGCUCUUAACGACGCCAUUUUCGCUUCCUUUUCUACCUCCCUGCAGGAUUCAUUCUGAUUCUUCUCCACCUCCUCCUGCUUUAUCUCCUUCAGUUUCCAGUGGGAAAGAGGAUUGCUCUUCAGAUGCAGAAGUCGGAAGAGAGAGAAUGUUGAAGAGAAAGGGGGAGAAAACAAGGGGAGGAGAGAUAAUCCUGCAUUCCAUUAACCCUAAUGCUCUUCUGUUCUUCGCAGCGCUUCCUGGAAGUGAAGUUGUAAGGUCUGUGUUUGGACCCUUUGUUGAGGUUGUGAAGACAUGGAAUUUACCAGAAUGGCUUGUUCAUUGGGGUCAUCCAGGUAAUAUGGUGAGUUCGACAUUCCAUUUUCUAUGUAUUUACUUAUAUACUACCUAAACUUUUCUUUUU